AUGGCUGCUGUGAAAGUGCUUGCGCUGUUGAGCGCAGUCUGCAUCCUCACAGCCGUGGCUGAGGAAGUUGCGAAGCUGGCACUUGGGCAUUCGCUUUCCUGCGCUCUGGGGUCACAAGGCUCCAUUAAGUGCUGGGGGGACAACGGCAAUGGUCAGCUGGGACAAGGGGACGACGUCAGAAGAGGCGAUGGCGCGAACGAGAUGGGCAAGUUUUUGCCGACCAUUGAUCUGGGGACAGGACGACAUGCGCUCGAAGUGAACUCGGGGGCCUUCCAUAAUUGUGCCAGGCUGGACGAUGGCCUCGUGAAAUGCUGGGGGAGGGGCACGAAGGGCCAGCUGGGCAUUGGAGACACCGAGCACAGAGGAGAUAACAGUGACGAAAUGGGGCAGUUCCUCCCCACCGUGGAGCUCGGAACAGGGCGCACAGCUGUGCGGCUAGGCUUGGGAUACGAGUUUGGCUGUGCGGUCUUGGACGACGGCUCGCUGAAAUGCUGGGGGGAAGGUGUACAUGGUCAGCUGGGCCUUGGAACCAGCGCGAACAUGGGGGACGGGAGCAGUGAGAUGGGAGACCACCUCCCAGCAGUCGACCUGGGUACCGGUAGGACGGCAGCUGAAGUGACCGCCGGCUUCUACUUUACCUGCGCACGCCUCGACGAUAGCUCCGUAAAGUGCUGGGGCAGCAAUGGGUUUGGACAGAUCGGUGAUGGGAGCUCUGGGACUUAUGUUGGGGAUGCCAGCGGCGAGAUGGGAGACAAUCUUCCAACUGUGGACCUUGGAACAGGCCGCACCGCCGUCGAGCUGAGCGCCGGAGGGUAUCACGUUUGUGCGAGACUCGACAAUGGCUCCGUGAAGUGCUGGGGGAGGAAUCACAAAUACCAGUUGGGGCUGGGCUUAGAUACCUCGACUCGCAUCGGAGACGAAUCGAACGAGAUGGGCGAUUAUUUGCCCCCAGUCGACCUCGGCACGGGCAGGACAGCGGCAGAAGUGUCAUCAGGAUAUUUUCAUACCUGCGCCCGCUUGGAUGAUGGCGCCAUCAGGUGCUGGGGCCCGAACGACUAUGGCGAAAUCGGCCACACAGCCACACUCCCCAGCAACGUAGAUCUCGGAACCGGCAGAACUGCGGUCCAUGUGGCCGCAAAUGGCUAUUCCACGUGUGCUCUCCUGGACAACCUGGAAACAAAAUGCUGGGGACAAAACGAUGAUGGGACGUUGGGUCUUGGUGACACCCAAGACAGGGGAAAAUCGAGCAGCGACAUGGGAAACAGCCUCCCAGCUGUUGACAUACUCAAGCAGCACAUCCACGCGCACCGUGACAACCACCACGAGCACCUCAACCACGAGCGCCAGCACAUCCAGCAGCACGGGCACAAGCCGAACAACGAGCAGCAGCUCCGCUUCCAGAACCAGCAGUUCGACAACCACCUUGACGAGCACCUCAACCACGAGCGCCAGCACAUCCAGCAGCACGGGCACAAGCCGAACAACGACCAGCAGUUCCGCCUCCAGAACCAGCAGUUCGACAACCACCCUGACGAGCACCUCAACCACAAGCGUCUCAUCAACCGGAACGACGAGUGCCUUGGGGAAGAGAGCCGGAGCGUGCUGAGCGGCUAUACUCUCCAAGGUUCUGCCACCAGCUCCACUGCCGCCACCGACGACGCCAGAGAGGUGAUGCGCAAGCAGGAGGCUGAGGCUGCAGUGAAGGAGGCCGAGGCUGCCACCGAGGCCGCGUCGCAGCGUCUGGUUGCAGUGCAGGACUUGCUGAACAGCUUGAACAACACAGGCGACAACGGCGUGAUGGGCGAGGUCGUCGACACCACGGAAGCUGGAGCGGUGAAGGUGGUUGCGUACGAUGUGGAAGCUUUGACGUCAUCGGGACAGAAUGCUACCGUCAGCAUGGAGAACUCUUCCAUCGGCGCUGAGGUCCCCGGCGAUGUACUGGCGCAAGCGCAGGCGCUUGUGGGCGACGGCCCGGUGCUGCUGGGUGUGGUGUCCUUGAGCGAGGAUCUGGCCAAGAAGUUUAGCAAUCCACCUGCUGACAGAGGGCCAGGCGAAGGACAGUCCGCCAGCAUGUUCGCUGCGCGAGCUCGCAUGCACCACCCUGACGCGUUGCGAGGGCCAAAGGCCCCCAUUCUGCGGUCGAGCCCGGUCGUGGUCGAAGUGCGCAACAAGAACGGAGGCAUUGUGGAUCUAGGGAAGCUGCAGAGCCCCAUGGUGGUUCAGCUAGAGGUGUCGCACGACAACGACACUGUUAAGUGCGCCUAUUGGAACGAGACCGAAGCGGUCUGGGAGACGGAUGGCCUGGCGUGCUCCGUUGCCAAACGCGUCGGCUGGGUAUCUUCGGGGGUGUGGACGUCUUGGAGGCCCGCUGCAGUGAAGCUGCCCCCGGGCCCCAGAACAGACUUGGUGCCCGGGCAGGAACUGGAAAACGUGCUGAAGUGCAGCAGCCUCUUUGAAGUGCUCACCGCGGAGGGGAUUGCAAAGUUGGCAAGGAGUGGGAGAGUCGAACUAGUCGCUCGCAAAUCGGAACGCACCACAGACAACAACAAUAACAACAGACUCGUAAGAGUUUCGCCCUUCCAGACCUGGAUGGCUUCUGCGAACACCGACAGUGAUCUACCUGUGCUUCCUGCUGCUGCUGCUGGGCUUGUAACAUCCUCCCGCAAGGCCAGCUCAUAA